AUGUUAGAUCGAUGUGUAGAACUAGUGCGUGCAGUGAAGGACAGAUUGGUGGCUGAGCACAAGUACGGAGAUGAAGAAGACAUGGCUCUCGUAGAAAUUAUGGAGUUUUUUUCGUGUCGUCGACUCAAUAAGGAUCUGGUACUUACUUUCAGCUUUCUGGCGACAUCAAACAUUGCUGAGAUUGGGUUCUCAAGUCAAGGAUAUGGAUAUGAUAUGACCACAAUGAAGGUGGUGAACAGGAAUGUAGUUGAGGCAUUGCAGAAAUGGCAUCUGGGGUGGCACCAAGGCUUACUCUCCUUCGACAAUUUUAUCUUUGGCAAACACUUUGGCUUUGAAACCGUCUAA